AUGGGCGAACAGGAGAAGUACAGCGACCACGACUCGCCCGAGCCUCUUCACUACGAUGAGAAGAGCGUUCCCUAUGACGAGAAAAAGGACUACCUCGGCGCCGAGGUCACGGUGACCGCGCCCUUUGGCGAGGCCGAGGACCUCGACAUUGCGUAUCGCCGCCGUCUCCAUGCGACAGAGAAGGACAUUCUCGCCGCCGAGGCGCUUCUCCCGACCAUGCCCGAGGACCGUGCCCGCCGCAUCCUCUCGCAGAUCCGCAAGAUGCACAAGCACGACCAGAACUUUGACCUGGCCACCCUCGAGCAGAUCACCGAGUUCCUCGACGACCCCGAUGUCCGCGAGCACCCCGACAAGCACGCCGAGCUUAUCCUCGCGAUGCGCGUCGAGGCUAUCCUCUGUACUGAGAACUCGCCCUACGCCAUGGUCCGUGGUUCCGUCGACACGACCGACGACAUGAGUAUCCCCGCGCUCACGUCGCGUGUCUGGAUCAUCGGCAUUCUGUCCUGCUGUCUCGGCUCGUUCGUGAACCAGCUCUUCACCAUUCGUUUCCCGUCCAUUGGUAUUCCGUCCUCUGUCAUCCAGCUUAUCACGUACCCCUUCGGUGUGUUCCUCGCCUAG